UCCUUCUCCUCCUCCUCCUCCUCCGCUCGGCUGGGGCAGGGCCGCGGCCAGCAGGAGGUGGGACCAGCCCCGGCGCUGCCGCCCGUCCCCUCCGUGCCCAGGGCCGAGCCGUUCCGGGAAGGCGCCGGCUCCCUCUGCGCUCCUCGGCACCGCCGCACCGGCAUCGGCCGCCGCCGCGCCGGGCUCGGCCCCGCGGGGAGCUGCGGGGGUGCAGGGGGCGAACAAGUGGACGGAGCCCCCCCGAGGAAGGGGCCGGCCGCCGGACUUGUUUUACCCGGGAUCUUCCAGUCCGGCUUUGCUGUUCUUCCUUGUCCAGCGCUCCGCGGGGAACUAUAUUUCUUCCCCAGGAUGCUGCAGUGAAUUUUAGUCCCAGGAAAUCAGGUGAACAAAAAUAAUCCGAAUAACCCAAACCCCGUUUGUUACCGUGUCAGAACGGACGCUGCCUGAGCACAGAUGAUGGCAAAAAAUUCCCUCGAAGGGUCCAAGGAGGACCUGAGCAAAAUUUCAGAGGAGGAGAUGCUGAGGUGGAGCAAGGAGGAGCUGGUGAAAAGACUGAGGAAAGUGGAGAAUGAAAAGAUGAACUUAAUGGUGGAACACGGCAACUUGAUGAAGGACGUGAACCGGCGGCUGCAGCUCCACCUGCACGAGAUCCGCGGGCUGAAGGAGGUCAACCAGAAGUUGCAGGACGACAACCAGGAGCUGCGGGAGCUCUGCUGCUUCCUGGACGACGACCGGCAGAAAGGCAAGAAGCUGUCAAGGGAAUGGCAGCGCUUCGGGAGGCACACGGCCAGCGUGAUGUGGAAGGAGGUGGGCAUGUACCAGCAGAAGCUGAAGGACCUGGAGGCGAGGCAGGAGACCCUCCUGCGGGAGAACGUGGAGCUGAAGGAGAUGGUGCUCAUGCUGGACGAGGAGCGGAGCGGGGCCGGUUCGCGGAGCUCCAUCGACAGCCAGGCCAGCCUGACCAACCUCAACGGCGGCUCGGCCACCAGGGACGUAGGGGACGGGAGCAGCACCUCCAGCACGGGCAGCGCGGGCAGCCCUGACCACCAUCACCAUCACCUCCACCACCACAAGGCUGGUGACAGCAAGGCCGGGGCCAUGCGGAGGUCUAUGGACGACCUGUCUGCGCCUCUUCACCACCGGAGCAUCCCCAAUGGUCUCAACGAUUCGUCUUCCAACUACAUCAGGCAACUUGAAACAAAAGUGAAACUGCUGGAGGAUGACAACAAGCUUCUCUCUCAGUUGGCUGACUGCAACAGCUUGCCACGAAAUUUCAGUAAGCAGUCCAGCACUGGGGAUCUGAGGACUCUGAGGAAAGGGUUAUCCCCGUACCACUCCGAGUCACAGCUGUCCUCCCUGCCACAGUAUCAAGAUGCCCUGCAAAACGGACCAGCUCGCAUGACAUCUGAUCUUGCAUCUUCUCCUGCAGCAGGAUAUGUCCCCGUUGGUCAGAAGCCAGAGGCUGUUGUGCAUGCUAUGAAGGUCCUUGAGGUCCACGAAAAUUUGGACAGGCAAAUGCAGGACAACUACGAAGAGGACCUGAGUGAAAAGGAGAAGGCGAUUGUCCGUGAAAUGUGCAAUGUUGUCUGGCGAAAGCUGGGUGAUGCUGCGAGCUCCAAACCCUCCAUCAGGCAACACCUUUCGGGAAACCAGUUCAAGGGGCCGUUGUAGGAAUACUGCCCCGUAGGCUGAUGCUGUGAAGACUAAAAGAGGCAGAGCUCACGGUUUCUGCCUGCCUGUUCUUUGGGAGUUGGGGUUGAGUUUCUUCAGGGUUUCCUUUUUUUUUUUUUGGCUUUUUUGUAACUGUCAAUAGUGUAAAUACGGCAGCUAACAGCCUGAUGUCCAGGCUGUGGUGCUCUGAACUAAUAAUGUUCAAGGGGUAACCACCCAGUAAUGCCAGACUUGCAUCAUUUGUAUUGUAGUUCAAACCCGCUUUGUUGUAUGGUCUGUUUGUAGAGUAACUAACUUGAGAGGAACAAGAAGAACCCGUGGAAAAGUCACAGUUUUUAUCACUCCUGUCCACCUGCUUUGCAGUGAUUCAUAGCUAGGUUAGUGACUCCAGGCAGCACCUUUCUGGAACCUUCCAAGGAAAAAGCAAUUUGAAUUUGCCACCUCGCAGGCUGCCAGGCUCCUGAACUGCUAACGUUUUAUUUUGUUUUUGGAGGUCCUUAUUGUGAAGAAUGAAAUAGAACUGUUUUCACCAGGCGCUGUGUAAAAUACCGAGUGGUGAGCUAACACACCGGCACCGCUCUGUACCUUGUGCAGUGGUGCUCCUCACACAAGCAUACAGAAAAGCUUGCGACACCGUGUGAGCUGUUAAUGAACUAUUCUUUUCAUGAACAAAUGACACAAGCUUUCUGCAGUUGUAAUGUGAAUGAGCUGAAGUCACUUAGCCACACACCAGUAUUCCCUACAAAAAUGGCAACACUUUCCUGUAAAGCUUUUACUACUAAUUCAGCAGAAACUGCCGUCCUAACAGUGCUUAUGACUUUCACAGUAUCUUCGAGAGCAGCUCGUCUUUCACACACAGAAUAUUUGGGUAUUUUUUUAUGUUUGUGCUGGAUCCCUCACCUAAAUUGGUUACUGCCUAAGGUAACCAAACAACUACCUUGCAGAGCUGAAUAAAACUCAAUAAACACAGGCUGUCAGUUGAGACUACUUCCUGCCAUUCAAGCUUUAUUUAUUUUUGUUAAUGAACCAAAACAAGUGGGUUUUUCCUUCUUCAAACGGUUGUGUAUAUAAAACAACAGGACAUAUUUUGCUAUUGUGGAGUAGCUGCUUGUAUAGUUGUAAGAAUUUGACCCCCCCCUUCUUUUCCAAGUUGUCACAGCAGCUGUCCCUGUGUUCCAUUCAGUGUUCUUUCCCAUCCUUCCCAGUAGCCCAGGGAAGCUGAAGUUGGUUAUUAAAUUCAUUGGUGUAAAAUAAUGUUAAAGACGGCUAUGUGUAAAGAUCAAAGCCUCCUCUUCAAACGCUGCAUCAGUUUUAGUGAUUAGCUGGAAGAUUUAAUGACCUCAAACACCAUCGCUUUGUUUUUGUUCUUCGUAAGACUCAGUCACAGCCACAGCUGAAUUAGCUGGAUAAGUUCUUAAUUUGUUCUACCAGCUGAGUUCUUGACUUGUCUUAUCAUAUUAACAUGGAGCACUGAUACGAUACCAAGAGGCCUGUGCUGCAAGAUAUGAAUGAAAUAGAGAAUUGUUCCCAUGGUAUGUAGUGUAACUAGCUCUGUGGGUAAAGAAUUUGCAGCGUCAGAGCCUGAAUCUGUGACCAACAAAAAAUAGAGCCAGAAUACAACCAAAAUACCUAACAGCCAGUAAGAACCAGUUCAUUAUUCAGUGCAGACAUUAAAAUAAAAACAACAAAAAAAUCAAGAACCUCCCCCAAAACACAGACACCCUCUCAGCCAGUAGUUCAUUUCUCACUGUUGUUCAAUCAGCAAGCACUGAGCAGGCGAAUUCUAGCUCUUGUAUACUAUCUAUAGCCAGUGUAGGCUGGGAACAUCCAUUCUGGACAAUGACUCUCUCUACAUACGGUAUCUUCAGAGGCAUCCCGAUUUCUUCCUCUUUGUUUUUGUUUGACCUCCAGUUUCUCAUUCACUGUUCAUUGUUUUGUCCUCCUGUACAACUUAUGCCUUAGGAUUUUCCUACCAGGAAAGGCGAUACAAACAGGAGGCAUCACUCUUCCUUAACGUGUAGUGUGUAACAUGGGGUUACUUUUGCCUGUAUUUGCUUGAAAGCCCGUUUUAAUUUUCUUGGUAUGUAAUCUCUGGAUUAAGCAGAGAAUUCAGUCAUAUUGGGAACAAGGUUAAUUUACGUCAGUGAAUUUUAACUAAAGCAACACAAACUUGCCAGCACUUUUAGGGAGUUAAUUGUGAUGAUGACGUGCUUGCUAUUUUAGGAGUAUAUUAGACUAGCAAGUCCUCUCAAGGAGACAAGAGCUAUGCUAAUCAGAUUACGAGCCUUGCCAGCUAUGUAAUUCUCCUUCCAAUAUUCCCUGUAUCAAAUUUCUCUCACAAUCUCUUCAAUGACUUUAAGCGAAGUUUUUCUUCCACCUGCAGAGCACAUGCACAAAGGCCAGCACUGUAAGUGAGGUCCAUUAGUGCUGCAGGGCCUAGAGCCGGUUCGCAGGGUACCAGCGGUUCAGUUGAACAGCCUCUUAGGGUGAAGAUUGGCUUUUUGAUGAUUCUGCUUGGCAGCAUAGCUCUUAAGAUGUGCAUUGUUGAUUUUGCAGAAGAACAUGACAGUGCUGUGCGUUGGGGUGUUACUGUUUGGGGUCUUUUUUGGCUUGCUACUCUUCAUACUUAGCUCCCUUUGAGCUCUUAAGUGUCUUCCCGCGUUAAAACAACGCUCAAUGACUUUACAGGAUGACUUGGGUGCUAAGCUUUCAGUUGGCUAAAAGAUGUUUUUAUGUGCAUAUUUACAUUCACUUAUCCAUGCGCUGAGUCUUCAGUGAAAACUCCCUGGGGAGCUCUGUACGUUAAGUUGGCGGGGAGCACCCCUUGCAAUAGCAGCCAUUGAGUUGAUCUAUUUGGGGCAAGUCCAAGGGAAUUUCCUCAAGAGCGAAGCCCUGGGUUCUGUGAUCCUCUGGCAAAGAAAGCAUCCACUGAUUACCAAUGGACUUUGCUCACUUAAGGGAAGUAAAAUCACACACUUGGCUUUUGUUGGAGGGACGGACGUGAACAGCAUUUCCUUGAGUUUCUGAAAUGCUGUGGUGGAACCAGCUGCAGCUGGCUCCUCGCACCUUGCUGAGACUGCUGAGCACAACCUUGUUUGAGAAUGGCACAUUUUUAUCCAAAUAUUAGAUAUUAAAAUAAACCAGUGUUAAAGUGACCUUUUAUCUUUUUAGAAACUGUGGGGGAAGAGUACUACUGAUCUUUUUCAAACGAAGUGCAUGACUGUAAAGUGAUAAAAUUGUAUAUUUUUCAUAAUGUGGGGAAAGUCUAUUUGUGCUGCUUUAGAAAUCAGUUUAAAGUUUGAUUUCUGUUAAACCUGUGAUCUUACAGCCCUGCUAUAUUUUCUGUAUAUGAUUUACAAAGAACUGGAAAAGUUAGCACCUGCUGUUGUGUAUAUAGCAAAGUUCUUUAGACCUUAGCACGCGUUUUUACCUAUUAUUGAACCACUCUGGCUUUUUUGGGGAGCAAAAGUAUUAGUACGGAUUUUUUUGAUAAUGUGUGUAAAACAUUCAUUUGAAAUAUUUUAGUAAAAAUGAAGUAAGAGAUUGAUUGUGAUAGUGUAUACUUCUAGUUGAAUAAAAUAAAAUACCUUCUUUUUAAAUAAACUGAUGAAUGAGGCUCGGGAGACA